UCCUCUUCCUCUGCCGGUCCCGCCUUCGCCCCCCAGGACAGAAUGACUGAGAACAUGAAGGAGUGCUUGGCGCAGACCAAGGCGGCGGUGGGGGAGAUGGUGACGGUGGUGAAGACGGAGGUCUGCUCCCCGCUCCGGGACCAGGAGUAUGGCCAGCCCUGCUCUAGGAGACCAGACCCCUCAGUCAUGGAAGUGGAGCCCAGGAAACUGAAGGGAAAACGUGACCUCAUCGUGCCCAAAAGCUUCCAGCAAGUGGACUUCUGGUUCUGUGAGUCCUGCCAGGAGUACUUUGUGGAUGAGUGCCCGAACCACGGUCCCCCAGUGUUUGUGUCUGACACGCCGGUGCCCGUGGGCAUCCCAGACCGGGCCGCCCUCACCAUCCCCCAGGGCCUGGAGGUGGUCAAGGAAGCCAGUGGGGAGAAUGACGUGCGUUGCAUAAAUGAGGUCAUCCCCAAGGGCCGCAUCUUCGGCCCCUAUGAGGGGCAGAUCUCCACCCAGGACAAAUCAGCUGGCUUCUUCUCCUGGCUG